AUGUCGCAGUUGUUGGACAAAGCCAAAAACUAUGUUUCGGAGAAAGUCGCUAACAUGCCGAAGCCCGAGGCGAGUGUCACCGACGUCGAUUUCCAGCGCGUGAGCCGCGACAGCAUCCAGUACUUGGCCAAGGUUGCUGUCGCCAAUCCUUAUGCCACACCCCUUCCUAUUUGUGAGAUCAAGUACUCCCUCAAAAGUGCUGGCAGGGAGAUAGCAUCAGGGUUAAUACCUGACCCAGGGUCGUUGAAGGCAAAGGACACAACAAUGGUGGAUGUGCCAGUGAAGGUGCCUCACACCAUAUUACUGAGCUUGGCAAGGGACAUUGGUGCUGAUUGGGACAUUGAUUAUCAAUUGGAUAUUGUUCUCAUCAUUGACCUUCCUGUCUUUGGCAAUUUCUCCAUUCCUCUUUCUCAGACCGGUGAGAUCAAGCUCCCCACCAUCAGAGACAUGUUUGCCUAA